AUGGCUACCGAAGUAGUUCGCAAAUCAAAAAUUCUUCUCACUCCCAACAAUUAUGCUCUUUGGCUGCUCCCAAUGAAAGCCAAACUUCACAAAGCAAAAUCACUAACCAUCGUCACUGGCGAGCAUACCUGUCCUGACCCUAAAGAAGACAAAGAAAACGCCCGACUCUACGUCAAGCUCAACAAAGAUGCGUAUGCUGAAAUUGUCCAACAUCUCAAUCAAGAAAUCCUCGCUUACGUCAGUACCACACUACCCGAGACCGAUGAAUUCAACGGAUACAAACUUUGGCAACUCCUCAAACAGAAGUAUGCCGGCAGCGAUCUUACUUCCAGAACGACAGCCCUCAAGAAGUUCCUUGCCAUCGAGUAUGAAUCGUUUUUGACCUUCCUACCUCUUAUUCGAUCCGCAAAUCAGAAGAUUGUUCUCUCUCGACUCGCGCUGGAUGACCAAGUCAAAACAAUAUUGAUGCUUGAUAAGUUGCCUCAGGAUUUUCAUUCGUUCAAGACCAAUAUAUCAAUGAACUUUGAAACCGAAGCCUUCGAGUCGGUUCUUAAAAAACUUGAAGACUACGCCUCACAAAAUCAAUUGAACGAGGUUAAGAAAGCAGCGAUUACACCUCAAACCACGCUGUACACUCAAUCCUCCGAUCCCGAAGUCGUCUGUCCUCAUUGCAAACGUGGAUUCCGAGCAUGUUCUCACUUCUUCAAAAGCGGACACCCCGAGGCCAACUGUUUUCAAAAGCACCCAGACAAACGCGCUCCCAAAUCGGUCGCUCCAUCUUCAAAACAACACUCAGCUCAUCUCACGCGUUACACUCCAGAAGACGAAGAGUAUCUUCAACAGAAAUACCCCGAUCUCCAUCUGUGA